CCCAGAAAUGUGCCAUUGUCUCAGAAAGCAGUCAGUGCAAGAGUUAGUGCAAGAGUUAGUGCCAGAGUGAAAGGACAGCAGGCGGCAUAUAAUGAAGCUGUUUCCUGUCCAUUCAAUACUUUGGUCCAGUUUGCUGGUUUUGUAUGCCUCACAAAGCGAGCUGGAAGACAAUCAUGAUGUUUGUAUGGAUGAGAUUAUCCCGGAUGAGCUCUUUCAGAUACAGACUACACAGCAGGAUCAAGUAGAAACAGAUGCGAUGGAUAAAGAAAACUUCCUCUGCCUCCUUUACCCAACAAAUGAACUCAACUGCUCCUGGUCAUUUAAUACUUUACAAAAAGAUACUCAGCUCUUUGUCUAUAUCAGAAUCUGUGUGAAUAGUACCACAGUUCCCAAUAUGAGCCAUUAUUCUGAGGAAAGAGUUGGAUCAACAUCUCUGAUUCUGCAUGAGCAUGAAAUGUUACAUGUAAUCCUCCAAUUUAACAUAACCCGGCACGACAAGUGGACAGUCUACACCUACACAUACGACGAGGACAUGCUAGAGGUACUCCUGCCACCUCAAAACAUCUCUGUAUCAGUCAAAGAUGGAAACCUGUUGGUGACAUGGGCUCUGCCCCACAGUCGAGUAUCCUACAACCCUUCCUGCUUUGACUACCAGCUGGAAGUGGGUGACCAGGGAAACCUGAAAAACUUGGACACCCACCUGUCUUAUAAAGAGCCAAAUGCAGAUCCCAGUGAAACCUACAGAGUGAGGAUGAGGACAAGACCUAAAGAUACAUGCCAAUCAAACCCUCAAUGGAGCGAUUGGAGUCACCCUGUCACGGUGGAACAGUCCAUUUACAGUCUGAACAUUCUGGUGAUCCUCUCAAUUUCACUUGGAAUACCCAUGAUCCUCCUGGCUGUGCUUCUGUUGGUGCGCUAUCAGAGGGUGUCUAAGGUUCUGUUUCCUCCGAUUCCUCGCCCCCCGCUGAAGUAUAUAUAUUUUUUGGAAAAAAAUGACACUUCCAAUUUCUUUUAUCCUGCCCCAGCAGCUGAACCUGUGGAGGAGAUCACAACGGUGGAGGACACAGAACAAGAUCCUGGAAAGACAUCUUAAAUCUCAUUUUCAUCCUUAAUUUCCAUUCAGAAACAGAAAUGUGUUGAAUGUAUGCAAAGUGUAUGUAGGUGUGUUUGUGUAACUCAAGAAAUGUUUUUUAGUUUUUAUAUUCUUUUUUAUUUAAACCAAAGGGACAUGCAUAGAUGAGUUUUAAUUAAAUACUUUAUCUGCCUGAACUAGCCGGUUAGCUUGUCCUAAAAUGUUUAUCUAUAUCUAGUGCUUCUACAAAAUAUGUAUACCUUUUUGCGUGUGGAAUAAAGUUGAGUGAUACAG